GAAUCGGACACGACAGAAGGGCGGAGGAGCUCAUUAUUACCCUUCACGUCACUCUCCUCCCCUCCCUGCCCCCGGAAAAGACGGCCGCGGCAGCGGCGAGGAAGAGACGACCAGUCCCGCCCCGGCCUCUUCCCGCUCCCUCCUCGGACGUCUUUCUCUAGGGCUCCGAUAAACCCCCAAUCUUCUUGGGCUCUGCCUUCGCAUCCAUCGAUCGGUCGAUCGUCUCGGGUUUCGCUCUUCUUUCGUAGCGGGCCGGGGUAUCCCGUGAGCUACCGGAACCAUGAGGCCGAUGGAGAGGGUGCAAGAUCUGAUCGAGGAGGCCAAGGUUCGGACGGUUUUCUGGGCCAUCUGCGUCUUCGCCAUCUCCUAUUUCUUGUCCCACACAAGCAAAUCAAUGUGGACAAAUGUCCCCAUAUCAUUUCUCAUACUUGUGGCCUUCCGUUUCUUCUCUUAUGAGGUGGAGCUCCAUUGGAGGAUGCGCCCGGUUCCUAAGCAAACAUAUUUGUCCCAUUUAAUAAAGAAACAGUUACGUCUUGAAGAUUCACGUCUUUCUACAGCACUGCCAACCUCAAGAUGGAAGAGGAAAAUUGAAUCACCUCUUGUUGAGGCUGCCAUCAAGGAAUUUAUUAACAAAAUUUUGCAGGACUUUGUCUUAGAUCUCUGGUAUUCAUCUAUUACUCCUGACAAAGAGGCUCCAGAACUAAUACGCUCUAUAAUACUUGAUGUACUUGGUGAAAUAUCAGGAAGAGUUAAAGGGAUCAACCUUGUUGACUUACUAACAAGGGAUCUUCUUGACUUGAUAGGAAAUCAGCUUGAUCUUUACAGGAAAAAUCAGUCUGAGAUAGGCAUGAAUGUCAUGAAAACCUUAUCCUCAGAGGAAAGGGAUGAAAGAUUGAAACAUCAUUUAAUGGCUUCCAAGGAACUUCACCCUGCUUUAUUUUCUCCAGAGAGUGAAUACAAGGUACUUCAACGUAUUGUCGGAGGAGUUUUAGCCAUAACCUUGAAACCACGAGAGGCGCAAUGCCCAUUAGUUCGUUGUUUCAGUCGAGAGCUCCUGACCUGCUUGGUUGUGCAACCUGUUAUGAAAUUUGCGAGCCCUGAGUAUAUUAAUGAGUUAAUUGAAUAUGUGUUUCUCGAUAAUAAAGACAACAGCAACAUGGAGGUCAAAUCUGAUAGUUCACAAUCACAUACAUAUGCUGGACAAAAUACUCAAAGUGGUCAAUGGGAGUCAAGAAAAACAUCUUCGAAUCUCUCUUCUCAAUUGGGAUUAGUUCAAAGUGGCGGCGAAAAGUCAACAGAUGGUUCUGGACAUGGCCACCCAAAUGCAUUACAGAAAGAUUCUGUGCCGCCCAGGCCAGCUGAUUGGGCCAUGAUACUGGAGGCCACCACAAAAAGGAGAUCUGAAGUUCUUGCUCCCGAGAAUUUGGAGAACAUGUGGACUAAAGGCAGAAAUUACCAAAAGAAGACUGCCAAUCUAAUGAAAGCGGGGACAAUACUUGGAUCUGUGAAUGCUAGUUCAGGAUACACUAAUACUACUGUCCGAGCUGUCAGUGCAGGAAAAGAGUUAGUGACCAAUGCGAAUAAAAGGAUAAAGGGUAUAGAUGAGAACUAUAUGGUUCACUUAAUGCAUGGAAUAGUAAACAAUGAGCAUCAUGUUUCCUAUGAUCUAGAGAAGGAGCAAUAUAUGGAGAUGGGCCAUGUUUCUGGAAAUGAAAGAAAUGCUGGCAAACCAGAUAGGAGUAAUAACUUACAACUAAAACGAUCUAGCAGCACUCCUGAUAUGGAUGCAACAUUUAUGACCAAAAGUGAUGAAGGUGCUAGUUCCAAGGAGAGUCGUCACCUAGACAUUGUCAAGCAUAAGGAAGAGCAAAGUUCUGAUGUGGUUUUCUAUGGUGAAAGAUCCUUGCAUCUUCCUAAGAUCAAAUGCCGGGUUGUUGGAGCAUAUUUUGAGAAGGUUGGAUCAAAAUCAUUUGCAGUUUAUUCAAUUGCUGUGACAGAUGCAGAGAACAAGACCUGGUUUGUGAAAAGAAGAUAUCGGAAUUUCGAGCGGCUGCACCGGCAUCUCAAGGAUAUACCUAAUUAUUCCUUGCAUUUGCCCCCAAAGAGGUUUCUUUCAUCCAGCAUUGAUGAUUAUUUUGUGCACCAGCGUUGUAUUCUUCUUGACAAAUAUUUGCAAGAUCUUUUAUCAAUUGCUAAUGUUGCAGAGCAACUUGAAGUAUGGGACUUCUUAAGUGUUUCUUCAAAGAAUUACUCUUAUGGGAAAUCUCCAUCAGUGAUGAAAACGUUUGCAGUUAAUGUAGAUGAUGCUAUGGAUGAUAUAGUUCGUCAGUUUAAAGGGGUCUCUGAUGGUCUCAUGCGGAAAGUUGUUGGCACUUCACCAUCUUAUGUAACUUCUCUUCCAGUAGCUGACAAGGAUCUGUCAUUGUCCUGGAAUCAAGAGGAGAUAAGUAAACAAAUCCCUAGAUUUAGUAGUAUGGAGACAUCACAUAGCUUUUCUGAGGAUGAAGAACACGAUGACGACCAAUCAACUUCUGUAAAUAAUGGAUGGCACUCAGACAAUGAGUUGAACUCCAAAAGCUUUCCUCCUCGUGUUGUGAAGCACAUCAAAGAAUAUACAGGUUUGGAAUCUCAGCAGAGCCAAGAAUCAGAUAAAUUUGACAGGAUUGGCUCAGAUGCCUCAAAAAAUUCUGUAGCAUCUGUUUGUUUUGAAGAUCCAGUUGGAAUGCCACCUGAGUGGACACCACCAAAUGUGAGUGUACCAAUGUUGAAUCUGGUUGAUAAGCUAUUUCAACUAAACAGGAGGGGCUGGCUAAGAAGACAAGUAUAUUGGAUUUCAAAACAGAUAUUGCAGUUGAUAAUGGAAGAUGCCAUUGAUGAUUGGAUUUUAAGGCAAAUCCAUUGGCUAAGGAGGGAUGAUGUUGUUGCUCAAGGAAUUCGAUGGGUUCAAGAUGUUCUCUGGCCUAAUGGCACAUUCAUCAUUAAGUUGGGGAGCAGUCAAGGUGAGCUGGAUGGCUUUAGCAUUGAUCAAAAGUCAUCUCAGGGUAGGACGUACAAUGAUAAGGUUACUAGGCCAAACUCUUUUGAGGCCCAGCUUGAAGCAGCUCGUAGAGCAGAUGAUGUUAAGAAAUUGCUACUUGGUGGAGCUCCAACAGCAUUAGUCAGCUUAAUUGGCCCAAGCCAAUAUCGACGCAGUGCUAGGGAUAUUUACUAUUUUCUUCAGUCCACCAUAUGUAUUAAGCAGCUCGCAUUUAGUGUGCUGGAAAUGGUGCUUGUUUCGGUCUUCCCAGAAUUACGAGAUCUAGUGCUCGAUAUUCAUGAAAAGUCACGUAAGCAGUCUUAGAGAAUGAAUAAGCUGAGUUAACGCUAGGCUGUGUUACCGAGUGGCAUUUUCCAUACUGUCACCUGCUUGCCACAAGAUCUCAACAUGCUGUUUCCUCCAAUAUCUUCCUUUAGCUGCAGCCUAGUUAAAAAGUAGCAUUGUGCCUUCUUAUACUAUCGGUUGACCCUUUUUUGAUAUGUCAACGUUCAGUUCAGUUCAGUUUGACUAAAGAAUCUCGAUUCAGGAGGUGGUCUUGUAUAUCAGUAUCAAAUCUGCACAGCCUGUAUAUUGGAAUUCUGUACAUUUUAUAAUAUCAAUACAACAAAGAAUUGAUCAUAGAAGUUACUUGUAUAGGGUAGGAUACCUGUUGCUCCAGGUGUGAAAUUGUGGAGACCGAGUGUAAAUUUAUUCUUUUAACUGUGGUCAGUUCUUUGAACCUCUAUCAAGAACAUAUUUACAAACAUUGAGUUGGUGGAAUUAAACUCUUUUUUUGGCUU